AUGGACGUCGUGCCCGCCCUGCCUGCGCUGAACAAGAUGUUCGCCUGCUUGCUGCCGUGCCUGGUCUUGGCCCACGUCUUCAAGUGGUAUUCGCAGGUGGUGCAGAUCGUUGGCCUGGACACCUUGGACUUCGAUGGUGAGGAUCAGUGCCCGGAGUCCGCGGAGCUCCUCGGCGAGGGCCGGCGCCUGGUGGAGAUCGCCCGGCGGCGCCGCUCCGAGGACCGCAGCUUGCAGCUGGAGCUCAACGACCGGCGGGACGAGAGUCGGGCCAUCCCCUUGCGAAUGCAGAUCGCCCGGCUUAUCGAAGAGGGGACGCUGCCGCAGGAUUGGAAUGCCAGCAGCCCCAACUGA